AUGACUACAGUGCUGACUCGGCCCUUUUCUGAGGGCAAAACUCCGAUGAUUAACCUCCCCGAACCCGGCCCCUCAUCUCAUUUCCGAGGGCCUCACAACAGUGGCAAUUUGGAUCCCUUUUCACCAGUCAACGAAAAUGGGAGCUUCGAAUUCGAUCGAGUUUUGAAGACAGGGAAAGUCUAUCGCCGAGUCAAGCACAAACAUGUCUUUCGCGCCUCAUGGAAACCAGCCUACCUCGUCCUCCGACCGAACCUCCUUUCUGUAUACAAAGACGAGGAAACCACCCGCCUUCGAGUCUCCAUCUCUCUGUCCGAAGUGACCGCGGUCACACCCGUCAAGUCCCCGCGAUCGACCCGGCGACACGUUUUUGGUGUCUUUACCCCAUCCACGACUUACCGCUUCGAAGCCCCGACUGAGCGCGAUGCCGAGGUCUGGAUCGAUCGCAUUCGCGCCGAGACCCCAGGUGACGCGGACGAGCAAGCUUUCCUGGCUUUAACCCAAAGGCGCGAAACCCCGGUGAUCCACAAACAGCUCGUUGACGAGACAACCGAUCACUCCGACUUCGAUCCCACUGGCCGAGCCAGCUCCCCCGAGCCACGCCACGCACUGUCCCCACGCCGCAAAAACGCCCAGGCACUCCCUUACAUCCAAGAUUACUCUGGCAACGAAAUGACCUCAUACUCAGAGUUCUCCGAUGGGCCUGGGCCAGUACGCAAUAGCCAUCUACGAUCCAUGCCCUCCAUUCAUUCACUAUCCGUUCCAGCACAAGAGGAUAAACCAGUACCCCGGCCGUCAGCAUCUCUACCCAGAGACACACACAGACCAUCAGACCUAGGCAUCCUGCGUGAUCCAGAGCGCGUCAUCUGUCAGGGGUACCUGCAGGGGCUGCGCAUCCAAGGGACCGUGCGCCAAUGGAGAAGACACUGGGUUGUGCUUCGACCUAAGAGUCUUGCCUUCUACAAAGAUGAAGCGGAGUACGCAGCCAUCAAGCUCAUCCCCAUGUCUCAAGUAUUCGAUGCCGCAGAAGUAGACCCUAUUUCGAGAUCAAAGACCUUCUGCAUGCAGAUCAUCGCCGAAGAAAAGACCUAUCGACUUUGCGCUCCAGACGAAGAGUCCCUCGCGCGCUGGCUAGGCUCCUUGAAAAGCAUUCUCGCAGCGCGCAGGAGAUUGGAUCCCGCUCUGGGCUCUUCUGUAUAA